AUGGCUCUGAAGCAGUUUCAAAAAACGUUUGCCUUGACGGAACUCAAGAAAGGUUACUUUCCUCACUUCAACACCGAAGCUCACCAAGGCUAUGUGGGUCCCUUAUCCUCCCGUCUACCUACGAUCCUGACGCGCAGCUACUCUCUGCAGUGUCUCCACUGGCUCAACUGGGUCAUGCACCAAUACCCCGACCUCCACACCCAGCAUGCCCGUAAUGGCGGAGAAUAUGGUACUUACCCUGUGGGGUAUCCCGAGAUCAAAGAUCAUCCUCUCGUGUCAGACUUGUUCGAGUUACAUGGCCUCAUCCAGUGCCGAGUCUUACCACCCCUCGGCCUCUACCAUCCCGUUCUUCCUUACUGCGUCCAGGGCAAGUUGUUAUAUCCUCUGUGUCGUGCUUGUGCUGAAGCACAGUUGGCUGGUUCCUGCCCCUACGGGGAUGAAGACCGAGCAUGGAUCGGCACGUACGUCAGCAAGGAGCUUCAAUCAAGCAAGGGCCAGCGGAUAUCCAGAAGGCUGUUCAGACCCAGACGCUUACAUCAGGGAGAUUCAGUGAAAAGAAGGAGUCACCUUAGAUCCUGCUCACAUCCUAAAGCUUGCCUGAACAAACACUGGGGCAAGUUUGGCCAACGAGUCGGGUUUGACAAGACCGAAUACAUCAGUUCCCCUAAGAGGUUCUUUGCCCUCCUCCGGGAUGAAUGCUGUGUGGUAAAGGACGUGCACUUCGUCAACGAGGACCUCGUGUGUGUCACUUACGAACCUCAGUCGGAAUUUCACCAGCUGCAUUCCGCCCACAAUGUGGUCAUUGCAGCCUGGUUGACAGCACAAGCCUGUCUCAAGCUGUAUUCCUACUUGAAACCCUUGGAUCGACGCGUACUCUAUUUUGAUACGGACAGUAUCAUCAACAUUCACCGUGCACUAAGCUACAACCCUCUACUUGGAGAUACCUUAGGUGAGCUGACCGAUGAACUGGAAGGGGGCAACAGCAUUCAAACCUUUGUCUGGGAGGACCCAAGAACUACACCUACAAGCUGCGGCAUCCUCAACCUGACGGUAGUGUAG